AUGGCCGGAUUGGAACAAUCACUUUUUCAGCUUAAGUUUACAGCAAAGCUGUUAAAUAGACAAGCGAGCAAGGCCGCGAAGGAGGAGUUACAAGAGAAGGCAAAGACAAAAAAGGCAAUGAUGCAAGGAAACAAUGACAUUGCACUGCUCUACGCACAGAAUGCCAUCAGAAAGGCGAAUGAGAGAGUCAAUCUUCUAAGAUUGGCUUCAAGAAUUGAUGCUGUUGCUUCGAGAGUACAAACGGCUGUGACAAUGAAAUCUGUCACUGGCAAUAUGUCCCAAGUAAUUAGAGGUAUGGAUAAGGCACUCCAAACGAUGAAUUUGGAGCGUAUCUCACUCGUGAUGGAUAAAUUCGAAUCUCAGUUCGAGGAUUUGGAUGCGCUGACCAACUACUACGAAUCAGCUACCAACAACGUUAACGCAUUGACCACUCCACAAGAAGAAGUGGAUGAGCUAAUGUCGCAGAUUGCAGAUGAGGCUGGAAUAGAAAUGAAACAGGGCUUGAACGAAACGAAGGUGGACAUUCUGAGCCCUCCAGUCACCAUCUCGGAAGAGAAGGAGGAUAAGCUCGCAGAGAGAUUACGUGCAUUAAGAAAUUAG